AGAGUUCCUCAGUCUCCAAAAAGCAGCUGAAAGAUUCCAGAGCCAUGCCACUGCCCCAGAUCCCAUGAACCCUAAGACGGGAGCUCACUACUGGGAUGACUAGGGUCCUGGACAUUGGGGAUCCAAAACCACGGGAGCUUUGAGGCCUUAAUAUCCUGGGAUACAAGAGAUGUGUGCAGCUUUAAGGAGUUUCAGAGAGCCACUGGGAGAAUAAGGAAUCACGGAAGACACCAAGGACUGGUGAACCACAAGGAUCUCAACAGAAAACAUACGGCAAUAAAGGUCAGAAGACACCUGGGUGAAGAAUUGGAUUUACCACUGUCUGGAGGUUGAGGAAGAGAAGAGCAAAAAGCUACCAAAAAGUAGGUGAGGUGAUAACUGAAGCAACCAUGAGAUGCGUAACAUGGUGCAUGGGCAUCAUGCUCUGUCUCUCCAUCUGCUUGCUCAGCAAGUGCCACUCAGGAAAUGAACUCAUGCAAUCUCGAAAACGGCGAGCACCUGCCGAUGACUCCAAGAAAUGCUCCUACACUUUCCUGGUGCCCCAGCAGAAAAUCACAGGCCCGAUCUGUGCCUCUGCCACCGGACCUGAGCCAGACAAAGACCGGGUGACACGUAUGGACAUUGCUGAUGUGCGGGAGGUCCUUUCCAAGCAGCGACGAGAGAUUGAAAUGCUGCAACUAGUGGCUGAUGUGGAUGGGAACUUGGUAAAUGAGAUGAAGCUUCUACGCAAAGAGUCUCGUAACAUGAAUUCCAGAGUGACGCAGCUUUACAUGCAGCUGCUUCAUGAAAUCAUCCGCAAGAGGGACAACUCCCUGGAACUGGCGCAGCUGGAGAACCGCAUAUUGAACGUCACCACGGAGAUGCUCCGACUGGCCUCCCGUUACAAAGAGCUGGAGCUGCGUUUCGCAGGCCUUGCUGCCACAGUCAACAACCAAUCUGUGCUCAUCGCCGCCCUAGAGGACCGCUGUCUCCGUGGAUAUGGACGUCAAGAUCUGCCAGCAGUGCCGCCGCUGGUGCAGGUGGUACCGGAGAGCAUUCCGGCCAACAACAACCGCUUCACCAAUGAGAUUCAGAGAGACAACAACAAUCGAGCAUAUCCUAGAGGAUCACGAAUGGACGCCCCAACACCCGACCCACUGGGAAUCCCACCACCCCCACAGGGCACCCUCACCUCAGAUGGCCCGUUCAGAGACUGUUUCCAGGUGCGGCAGGCGGGGCACAGCACCAGUGGGAUGUAUCUGUUGAAGGCAGAGGGUAGUGAUAGACUGAUUCAGGCCUGGUGUGAACAUAAAUUAGACAAUGGAGGCUGGACCGUUUUUCAGCGAAGGAAAGAUGGCUCAGUCAACUUCUUCAGAAACUGGGAGAACUACAAGAAAGGCUUUGGGAACAUAGAUGGAGAACACUGGCUGGGCUUGGAGAACAUCUAUAACCUAGCCAAGCAGGGGGACUACAAAUUGCUGGUGGAGCUGGAGGACUGGGUUGGGAAGAAGGUCUAUGCAGAGUACAGCAGUUUCCAUCUGGAGCCUGAAAGUGAGGCCUUCAGGUUGAGACUGGGCACCUACCAGGGCAAUGCCGGAGACUCCCUCACAAGCCACAAUGGAAAACCCUUCACAACGCUUGACCGGGAUAAAGACGCCUUUACAGGCAACUGCGCUCAUUUCCACAAAGGUGGCUGGUGGUACAACGCGUGUGGUCAAACCAAUCUGAACGGCGUGUGGUACUCCGGUGGUGUGUAUCGCAGCAAGUUCCAAGAUGGGAUCUUCUGGGCGGAGUAUGGAGGCGGGUUCUACUCUCUCAAAUCAGUCCGAAUGAUGAUCCGGCCAAUAGACUGAGGUUCACCCAGGACCUCACCCUCAUAUCAAACCCGAAUGAGUCUAAAUUGCUUGAAUGUACUCAUAACUCACUUCAGCACUUAUUUAUAAUCACACAUUCAUGUUUAUGAGGAUUGACAUGUAUAGCACAGUAUAGUCGUCAUUGGUACCAACAGAAUUAAAAAUCACGAAAAGGAGGAGUUAAAGGACAUGCGUUUAUCCAGACUCUUACAACGAUGCCCUUUGGUCUGUUGGACAGUCCAUCGAAAUGCAGAGAAGACGACAUAAGAAACUACAAGUUGGAGUCGGAUGACAACACAGUCAACUUCAGGGUCUCCUGCUCUUCAUCUCCUUCAUUUUUCUUUUACUGUUCUUCUUACAUUCUUCUUCACUGUAAUAUCUUCAUUGCGGUCUGUUUCUUCUGACUCUUCCUCAUUGCUUGGACUGAUGACUUCAAACCCUCAAUCGCAGGUUUUUGUAAUCAAAGAUCUUCACAACUAACCAGGUUUUGGCCUCUGGCUUUGGAGGUGUGUCUGUAACAGGACUGGCACUGGGCUGAACUGUUCGCCAGGCCCCGUAUGCAUUCGGGGGUAAUGUUGGUCUGUAAAUAUACUUCAUGUUUUAUAUUUGUUUGUUUUUGUAAGAGUUAAUUUAAGGACUCAUCUCCAAUCCGCAGUAUUCAUUUGUUAUUUAUAUAUCAGUGAUCUGUAUUUAUGACAGUUAUAAUCCUCAAAUCAUCUAUUUAUCCCUGAUUAUGAUGUACCAUUGUGCUUUUGACAAACUUUUGUAUACUUUUACCAAAAGAGAGCAAAUAUUACAUCCAGGGUUGUAAACACCAUGGAAAUUGAAAGGAACAUGACCCCCAACAUCCAGCCUAGAGGUCGAUCAAUAUGCAUUUUCAAUGUCUAAAUCUUAAAUUCAAUGUUAUUUCUGCCAUAAUAUAGUAUAUUUUUAAGUGAAACAAGAUAUUCAACAAAAAAAACUUUAGAAACUUCAUUUAGUGGAAAUUGACUGGACUGUGAAAAGUGGACGUUAAAAGGAUUGUUCACCUAAAAAUGAAAAUUAUCCCAUGAUUUACUCACCCUCAAGCCAUCCUAGGUGCAUAUGACUAUCUUCUUUCAGACGAACACAGAGAUAUAUUUAAAAAUAUCCUUAGUCCUCCAAGGUUUAUAAUGGUUGUGAAUGGGGGGCCACAUUUUGAAGUCAAAAAUAAUGCAUGCAUCCAUAAAAAAAAAAAAAAAAAAAAAAAAGUAAUCCAUGCGACUCAGUGGGUUAAUAAAGGCCUUCUGAAGCGAAGCGAUGCAUUUGUGUAAGAAAAAUAUCCAUAUUUAAAACUUUAUAAAUUCAAAUAACUAGCUUCCGGUGGAAGACCGUACACAGAAUGCACAAGUCGAUUUGGGCAGAAGAGCAACCUUUGACCCGGACGCAAUGAUGAACGCGGAGGCGCAGAGGAGAGAGCAAAACAAAAUACCGGUCACGAAUUAGAAGUCUAAUUUUAAAAUUUUUAAGAGAAAUGUCAGCAGAUUUCGAUAUAAGAGAAGAGGAGCUUAAAUUUGUUGCACAGCCCUAUUUGUUUGAACUGCGAGAGGCGUCUAAGCUUAUGAUACUCUGACAUCCUGUGUCAUACACCAUGUCAGAGGAUUACUUAUUUGGCACAAGUCGACUGCGUAGGGUCGUCCAUUAAAUAUGGAUAUUUUUCUUACAAAAACGCUUCGUUUCAGAAGGCCUUUAUUAACCCACUGGAGUCGUAUGGAUUACUUUUUUUGUUAUGGAUGGAUGCAUUAUUUUUUUAUUUUACUUCAAAACGGGCACCCCCAUUCACAACCAUUAUAAACCUUGGAGGACUAAGGAUAUUUCAAAUAUAUCUCCGAUUGUGUUGUCUGAAAGAAGAUAGUCAUAUACACCUAGGAUGGCUUGAGGGUGAGUAAAUCAUGGGAUAAUUUUCAUUUUUGUGUAAACUAUCUCUUUAAAUUCCAUAAUGGAGCCAAACCAAAUAUAAGUUUGUUAAAACAUUUGGUUAAGAUUAUCCAACAGUUUUUGUGGCCUAAGUGAGAGAUAAAGUCGUUUCAGAGUAUUAUGAGCAAAUGAUUAUAUUUUAAAUUAAGCAUUCGGAACUCAAGAAUUGGCUUCCUUUCAAUUAAUGUCAAUUGAAGUCAAGUGUCAAGUGAAUUGGUCAUGCUUCACAGGAAUUGGAAUUUAUUGAACAAAAGUUAAUUUAUUAAAUAAAGUAUAAAACCCUUAAAAAGGCAUAUAGACUUUUAUAACUAUCAGACAAGGCUUGGUCAAGCCAUCAUUCAAAGCUUGUCUUGUCGUCUUGUCUUUCCUUUUCUUAUAGUAAUAAUAUGGGUUUCUUUGAAUUUCAGUUCAUAUUAAUUGUACUUCUUAAAAUUCAAAUUGCAAUUCUGUAUAGUGCAACCUAAGUGAGAUCAGAGGUAAAUAGCUAAAUGAGCUAGUUAUUACAUUUGAAAUGAAAGAUGUGCACCAAUGAAUGUCACAAAAAGACCAUGAAUGAUAAUUUUGUAAGUAAAUGUGGUCGAUUUUGAUUUCAUGUUGACUUUUUCAUUUGGUCCCCCAAUCUUCAGUAUUUGGUUACACCACUGACUGGCUCACAAACACAUACAAAAACCAGAAGAACAAAAAAAAAACAUUUGAACUUUGCAGAAUGUAUGUUAGACUUCCCUUAUAAAAACACUCGAACUGAUUUACUCCAUUGACUUAUGCCCGAAUGUAAUUUUGGUAUGAACGCAAUGAAAAACAUUUUUGUUUAAAUGAUCUCUGAAUCCACUCUUAACGCUGCAACACUGAAUAAAACAGCGUCCACAA